UCGGCAAACACCGGUAUCUUUCAAGCUCGGCCAAUGACAACACGAGACACACGCAAUCAUCAUGCCGCUGUGACUUGUUUAUUGCACUUGGCGUGCCUCGACAGUGUCUCUCAAAGGUCACAGUUGGAAUGGGAAAACUCACCAUCCGCUCUUUUCUCCGUGGGCAGUGGGCGUCGAUCCCCACCCCGAAUGCCGAUAUCAGCGACAAAUCGAUAGUCGUCACCGGCGCAAAUGUUGGCCUUGGCUUCGAAGCGGCCGUUCAUCUUGCAAAACUCAAACCCAAGCGACUCCUUCUCGCCACUCGCGAUGAGGCCAAAGCUAUGCGAGCCAAGCAAGAUGUCGAACAGCGAAGCAUGAACAAGAAUGUCGAGGCCUGGCCACUAGAGCUGGGCUCUUUCGACUCUGUUCGCAGGUUUGCUGAUAGGGUCGAGUCGGAGGACUUCCCGAUAAAUGCCCUUAUUGCCAAUGCAGGCGUAGCGACCCCGACCUACGCGAAGACGCAAGAUGGAUGGGAGAUCACGCUGCAAGUGAAUUAUCUAUCGACGGCUCUGCUUAGCAUUUUGAUGCUCCCCCACCUCAUCAAAACGACGACGCCAACCAAUGCUUCAAGGCUGGUCAUCGUUUCGAGCGAAGCCCACUUCAUGGCCAAUAAGCUCACGGGUGCCAGCAGCUGGCCCAGCAUCCUUGGGAAGUUGAAUGACGAGGAAUAUUGUACAGCUUCCGUCAUGAGAAACCGCUAUAACCUCUCAAAGCUGUUAGAACUCAUGUUUGUUCGCGAGCUCGCUUCUCGAUUAACGAAUCCAACGCCUGUUGCUGUGUCGGCAAUCAACCCGGGUUUUUGCCACUCCCGCCUCACGCGCUCCGUUGAGAGCAAUCUGGUCACGAGCAUUGGAGUGCGUCUGUUCAAGGCGCUGUUUGCGCGCACGACCGAGGUGGGGAGUCGCACCCUUGUGCAUCCUGCCGUGGAACCAAGCGAAAGACUCAGGCACGGACGAUACAUUUCCUGCUGCGAGGUUGCUGAGGAGAGUGACUAUUCUUUGAGCGAAGAGGGCCAGGAGAUCUCGAGACGUUUGUGGACGGAGACUGUUGAAAUACUGGGGAAUGUCGAUCCGAGAGUCAAUCAGGUCAUUUCAGAGCAUUUGUUGGCUCGCUAAGCUUCUGGCGUGAGACGGGUAGUUGUUACUUGCACGAGCCCACAUUCCAUGGUAUUGGCAUAUGCUAAUGAUAAUACUCCGUUGAGGAUUUGUUUUUCUGUCAAGAGCUAGCUCCUCGUCACAACUCAUCAACAAACCUCCAGGGCUCGACCAUGCGUUUGUUUUCCUUCAGAGUUUAACCGCCAUCACUUGGCAAUCUCCAUGCCGCACUGCUGAGCUGGUACUACAACAUGCGGUACAUCAUCUCUGCUACAGUCUUGAAGGCAUCAGUAUCA